GAUAUCUUAUGUUACAGCGACUAAACAGAAUUGCAUAAAAUUCCGGUUUUCUUUCGACAUUUUGCAGUUAAAGAAUAAUACUAUUGAAAAUGCUUAACAAAGUAGCUUUAAUUGGAGCCAUGGUGCGGCGAUCCUUCGGAACCAGCCAGAUGAUGCGGGAGACGUUAAAAAACCAUGAGCCGAACAAUCUGGAAAGGCGAAUGUUGGUUUGGACCGGGAAAUACAAGACACAGGCUGAAGUUCCCAAUUUUGUGAGUCAGGAUGUCAUGGAGCGCUGCCGCAACAAAAUGCGCAUUCGUCUGGCUAAUAUUAUGAUCGCCCUAACUGCCAUCGGUUGUGCCAUAAUGGUAUAUAGUGGCAAACAGGCCGCCAAACGAGGUGAAUCCGUUACCAAGAUGAAUCUCGAGUGGCACAAUCAGUUCAAGGAUCCCAAGGAGGGCGAAGGAGCAGCUGCUCCGGCUGCCAAAUAGGAAACUACACCACCAAGCCAUUCGCCUACAAACAUUACAGCUGUCCAAGUUUCUGUUUUCAAUUCCGAUCGAAAUUGGUGGAAACACAAUUAAAAAGUUAAUAGUGCACUGCCAUUAGGGCUUUACCCUUUCUGCUAAAUUAAAAUUAUUUUGUAGUACCUCUCUCAAAUAGUUCCUCAAAACCGAAGAUUAUAAAAAGUUUAAUACACUUUAUUUAAGGCCUAUUUAGCCAAUAUUAUUUGGAAUUGAAAACUGAAACAGGGUCAAAUCUUUUAGUUUCUCUUUGGUUUAGAAAACAUUUUGUCCUAAGCAUGUACACAUGCCAUUACCUUGCUAGAUAUUCAGUGAUAUUUGUAAACUCAAAGUUAGUUGUAUUACCAAAGUUAAUAAAUAUUUUAUGAGAAAAUGGUCUAGGGUGCUAAAAUUUUAAAAA